AUGGGUCAACCUUCGCCGGAUUCUGCCUUCUUCGAGUACGAGCCUAGCCUCACUAGUCUACCCAACUCGAGCCUGGGUCUGGCAGUAUCGUUAGCUUCCGAUGUCUUUGACUGCUACAAGUCCGUACUGCCCAAAUACUCUGUCUCCAACUCCAAAUGCUCGUCAGCUUCAACUUCGUGGUGCAAUCAUCAGGAGACCUCAAUGGACAGUAAUUCCAACGGUCGACUGGAACGUUACCUAUGCUCACGGAACCCCUGCCCCUGCUCGCAGAAAAGCAGCUAUGAUAGCACCCCUACGUCUGCGCCCACACAGACUUCUUGGCUCAAUCAUAAUAUUGCGCACCGAGAAAGAAAUAUCUUUGAGGAAAGUUUUGGUCCUUCCAAUUCAAGCCUUAUCUGUACGUGCCACGAAAAUGCACAUCAACAGCCAGUGAGCCUGAAUUCACGCAAGAGCAUGGACAUGGCUUACGCGCACUCCGAUAAUGACCGAACCAACGCUCCUUAUUCCUGCAUGGCACGCAGUGUCCCGAUGCGCCGCUCCCUGGGCGCUGAACAGUCCACCAGAUGCUGGGGUCGGUGCGGUUUUGAUGAGCAUACCUGCGGUAGCAUAUAUGAAGGCAGCGCAUCUGCAGUUGGGGGAUCUAAUUUCAACUUUUAUGAUCAAAUUGACACCCAGAAACCAGACAGUGAGAUAAAAAGCGGAGGACCUGAGGACUUCUCAACUCAGGAAAGUGAUAUUUGCCAGUCGGAAAGACGGCCUAGUCAAGCCAUACAUCAAAAUACAGACCCGACUACCUCUGAAGAUCAACUCGGUGAGGUGGACGAAAUGCAGGCCUACUUGGGCAUCCCCACUGGACCCCAAGACACAGUUGAGGCACAUACAAGUGGGACAUCCUAUUGCGGACCAUCUGCAAUUUACCCCGACAGCUCAUCUCAUCCAGGUGAGUAUAACUCACCUGCACUUGACAUUGCACCGCUAGAUGGGUGUACUUGCAAAACGACUGAUCUCGUUCCAUGUCCCAAUUUCUCAAAAUUUUCAACCGUAUCCCGACAUUCUAGUUCAUUUGACGAUGACUUCCAAUCUCGAAAUGCCGAUAUCGCUGGCUAUCAGGAUAUAAGUCAACAACUUUCCUCAACAAGGUUGAGCUCAGAGUCGGGUGAGGGAAUUAAACCCGGGGAGAUGCAAGCACGUCGCACCAAGUCUAUGAUAAGGCCGGGUCCCCGCUCCAAGGAGGAUGAUAUCAGCGCGAUUGCACAGGAGGUUAUGGCCUGUUACAACACUCCUCAAUACAACUGCUCCGCAACGAGGGCGCGUUCUAACCGCCUGGCUAUUAUUGAACAAGAUACUACUAAGCCAGAUCAAGACCCCGUUACGGACUGUGAGCAACGACAAAACUUCGAAGGUUCGGAGGUUCAUCCACAGUCAGUCAGCACCUCCCUGCCUAACACCUACAUGUGGUCCUCCCCCGAAUCCAAUGCCUCACCCAUUAAUAGCCCCACCGGGACAAAAGAUGGCGCAGCCAAGCUAGUACUCAGCAAGAACUUGCCUCCCGUCUGUACGCACAAGUGCACUUUUGAGGGAUGUAACAAAAGCUAUUCAAAGAGCUCCCAUCUGAAGGCGCAUUAUCGUAAACAUACUGGGGAGAAACCGUAUGUCUGCAAUUGGCGUGAAUGCUCCUGGCGUUUUGCGCGUUCCGAUGAGCUUACUCGACAUAAGCGCAAGCACACCGGACAACGACCCUACACCUGCGACCAAUGUCACAAGAGCUUCACGCGCAGCGACCAUCUCUCACUCCACCGAAAGAAACAUGCCGCUAAGCAAGGUGAAUAG